AUGUAUUUAUUACAUACAAUAUUAAUAUAUUAUAAAUAUCUUUUUUUCUUUAAUAAAUUUUAUAAACUUUUCAAAGAUUAUUUUUUUGAUUAAUUGAUCUCCUUUCUAUAUAUAGUUUGAGAAAAACAAUGAUAGAUCUAUGAUUUCAAAUAUUAAUUUUUUAAAUACACAUACCUUUAUAAAUUGAUUAUUUAAGGAUUCAUAAUAAAAUCAAUUUUAAUUAGAAUAUAAACUAAAUUAUUUUCUUUAUUUUAUAAUAAUAAUGUAAUUAUUUUAUUACAUUUUAGGUCUAAUGAAGCAUUUAAAUGUCAUUUAAAAUACUAAGAUAAUUCAGAAUAUUAAUAAUACAUCGUAAAUUCAAUUUUAUAGGAUAAAAUCAUUGGCAAUAUUUUUAAUGAAUGUUAAGUUCAUUAACAAGAAUUUAAUCAAAAUAUAAUAUAGAUAUUGAAAAAUCAUAAAAGAUUAUAGGAACUACUUAAAAAGGUGAAUAUUGAAUUUAAAAAUAAUAACAUAAUUACAUUAAAAAGAGUUGAAGUUUUUACUUUAAUUUUAAUGAUGUUCUUCAAUUUAAUAGAAAGAUAAUUUAAAUGUGGUAAUUUUUAUUAGAUAAAUAUGGAAGAGUUGAAAUCAUCGAAAUAAAUAGUUACAUAAUAAAAAUUGAAGUGUAUUACUAAUUAUAUUAAAUUAUUUUUUUCUAAUAGAGAAUUGAUUGAAUAAGAAGAAAUUCAAUUUAUAAAAAAUAGCAUAAAUGAAGAAUAAUACUUUAAAAAAUAAUCAAUUCUUAAAUCAAACUAGCCUAUAAAUUUUAGAUUUACAAGAUAAAAAAAUGAAGAUCAAAUUUAAUCGACAGUAGUUGAUUUUGCCAAUUAAAAUAUAGGAGGUUAGGCAUUAAAUUAUAAGAGUUGUACUCAGGAAGAUGUAUUAUAAAUAUAUAUUAAACAAAUAGAUAUUAAUGUUAUUAUAUACUGAGGCUAUAAUAUGUGUGUUAUUUGUAGAACCAAUGAAACCAAAUGAAGCUGUUUUAAUUCAAAAUCUUAUCAAAUAUAAUAACUAUAUGGGAUAUGAAAGUACAUUCCAACAUAAAAAUUUGGAAUAAUUCAAAUGGGAAGAGAAGUAUCAUUUAUUAGUAAAGAAGAUAUAAAAAAUAUUUUAUAGGCUAUUGAUGCUGAGGAAUUCUUUGAUGAUAAAGAUUAAUUUAGUUAAAAAAAUAUUAAUAGAGAAUUAAUUAAAUGUUAUUCUGGAUUUGAAAUUGCUUUAUUGAGAUAACCACAUUUCUCAAUUUCGACUGGUAAGUGGGGUUGUGGAAUAUUUAAGGGAAAUCCAUAUUUAAAAACUUUAAUAUAGUUAAUGUGUUUUGGUUAGGCAUGUAAUGUAACAAAAGAUAAAAAAAAUUAAAUUAUAUUUAAUGUUAGUAGUGAUAUUGAACUUUUUAAUUUUGGUUAAGAAUUAAUUAAAAGGAAAGAAUUAAUAACAUUGAAUAAUAUAUAGGUAACAUUAAAGACAAUUUAAAAUAAUAAAUUUAAUAAUAAUGAAGAAUUGAAAAUGAAAAUAUUGAAUGAAUUAUAAAAAUAAUAUAAUUCAAAGAGAUAUCCAUUUAGUAAAGCUUUAUUAGGUUGUGUUAUAAUAAGUUUUGCUGGUGUUUUAUGGAAUUGGCAUAAAAAUUGA